AUGAUAGAUUUUGAGCUGUCCCCAGGCCAACUGGCCGUACGCAACGCGGCCCGGACCUUUGCGCAGGCCCAUUUAAAGCAAGCACGCUCAUUUUAUGAGCCAGGGGGGAGACCCCUUGAGCAAAGGAAGGAUCGUUUUCGGUCCACACAGCUCAUAUACGCCGAAGCAGUGAAAGCUGGCAUCAUCAAGAGCCAUAUUCCGGAGAGGCUAGGCGGAGCUGGUGGGCCGUUGAUCGAAGCAACACUCGCAGUGGAAGAGUUUUAUGCAGUCGAAACAAGCGCCUCGUUGACCAUACUCGGUACCGGGCUCGGACUCACACCCCUUGUCUUCGCAGGCACUCCAGAACAGCACAAGAAGUUCUUUGAGCCUUUCCUGCAAACCAGCGGCACGCCACUUGCGAGCCUUGUAUUCUCUGAACCUGGGGGAAGCGCCAACUACUCCGAGGCAGGAGCACCGGGCCUUCAGACCGUGGCACAACUGGAAGGAAGCGAGUAUGUGAUCAGUGGCGACAAGAUCUGGGCCACCAACUGCUCUGGUUGGGACGACCGAGGCGCCGACGUUCAAUGUGUGGUAUGUCGGGUCGUUGGUUCCGCACCACCUGAGGACGUUCGAGGACAGACGGCUAUCAUCGUCGUCACAAGACAAGACAUUGCUGCCAACGAGCCAGAAGCAUAUGCGGUCAUCACUCAUCCCGAAACAAUAGGGCAUUCGGCAGUGAAUGGGCCACAUGUCCGUUUCAACCGACUCCGUGUGCCGGUUUCUCACCUUUUGGCUCCUCCCGGCGCAGGAGCCAACGUGGUUGACCUAACCUUCACUGCGUCGGCGGUCCUGGUGGGAGCCAUGGGGGUGGGCAUCAUGCGACAAACAUUUGCCCGUGCGUUGUCCUGGGCCAAAUCCAACAGCAGGGGCUCCAGAGAGCCAGUAAUCCGCAAGCAAAGUGUAGCCGACCUGUUGAUCAAGAUCAAGACUCGUUGUGAGGCGUCUCGAGCGCUGGUCUGGAAAUCCGCUCACUGUUUCGGCCGUACCAAAUAUGGCGCAGAGCUAUGUUACGAAAGCAAGAUCCUGGGGUCAGAGAGUGCGGUGGAAUCAGUGAUGGAUGCAAUCAACCUGAUUGGCGUAUCUGCAUAUUCGCGUACAAACCCAUUUGGAGAUUUACUGAACGACGCGGUGGUGUUGCCGAUCUUUGAUGGAGGAAACGUUGGGGUACGGCGUCGACAGAUUGAGGCCAUUUUUGCCAGCGAGGGGUAUGACGCGUGGGAGACGACAUUUGGUCCGGAUCAAUAG